AAUGUAGAAUCACAACACAAAACAAAAUAAACGCAGUACUAAAGCAGCAACCAAACACAAAGAAUGGUAUCUUCUUACGGGAUGGGGCGCUCAGCCCAUCUCGUCUAUGCUCUUGGUUUUGCUAUCAUGGCAACUAUGGUUGCUGCUUCGUAUGAGCCCUACAUGUAUAGCUCUCCCCCACCACCAGUGUACAAUUCUCCUGCACCAAAGGUCGAUUAUAAGUCUCCCCCACCUCCAUAUGUGUAUACUUCCCCACCACCUCCACCAACAUAUUCACCAUCGCCUAAGGUAGACUACAAGUCUCCACCACCGCCAUACGUCUACAGUUCCCCACCACCACCAUACUACUCACCAGCUCCUAAGGUCGAAUACAAAUCUCCACCACCACCGUACGUCUACAGUUCCCCACCACCACCAUACUACUCACCAGCUCCUAAGGUCGAAUAUAAAUCUCCACCACCACCGUACGUUUACAGUUCCCCACCACCACCAUACUACUCACCAGCUCCUAAGGUCGAAUACAAAUCUCCCCCACCACCGUACGUCUACAGUUCCCCACCACCACCAUACUACUCUCCAGCUCCUAAGGUCGAAUACAAAUCUCCCCCACCACCGUACGUCUACAGUUCCCCACCACCACCAUACUACUCUCCAGCUCCUAAGGUCGAAUACAAAUCUCCCCCACCACCGUACGUCUACAGUUCCCCACCACCACCAUACUACUCUCCAGCUCCUAAGGUCGAAUACAAAUCUCCCCCACCACCGUACGUCUACAGUUCCCCACCACCACCAUACUACUCUCCAGCUCCUAAGGUCGAAUACAAAUCUCCCCCACCACCGUACGUCUACAGUUCCCCACCACCACCAUACUACUCUCCAGCUCCUAAGGUCGAAUACAAAUCUCCCCCACCACCGUACGUCUACAGUUCCCCACCACCACCAUACUACUCUCCAGCUCCUAAGGUCGAAUACAAAUCUCCCCCACCACCGUACGUCUACAGUUCCCCACCACCACCAUACUACUCUCCAGCUCCUAAGGUCGAAUACAAAUCUCCCCCACCACCGUACGUCUACAGUUCCCCACCACCACCAUACUACUCUCCAGCUCCUAAGGUCGAAUACAAAUCUCCCCCACCACCGUACGUCUACAGUUCCCCACCACCACCAUACUACUCUCCAGCUCCUAAGGUCGAAUACAAAUCUCCCCCACCACCGUACGUCUACAGUUCCCCACCACCACCAUACUACUCUCCAGCUCCUAAGGUCGAAUACAAAUCUCCCCCACCACCGUACGUCUACAGUUCCCCACCACCACCAUACUACUCUCCAGCUCCUAAGGUCGAAUACAAAUCUCCCCCACCACCGUACGUCUACAGUUCCCCACCACCACCAUACUACUCUCCAGCUCCUAAGGUCGAAUACAAAUCUCCCCCACCACCGUACGUCUACAGUUCCCCACCACCACCAUACUACUCUCCAGCUCCUAAGGUCGAAUACAAAUCUCCCCCACCACCGUACGUCUACAGUUCCCCACCACCACCAUACUACUCUCCAGCUCCUAAGGUCGAAUACAAAUCUCCCCCACCACCGUACGUCUACAGUUCCCCACCACCACCAUACUACUCUCCAGCUCCUAAGGUCGAAUACAAAUCUCCCCCACCACCGUACGUCUACAGUUCCCCACCACCACCAUACUACUCUCCAGCUCCUAAGGUCGAAUACAAAUCUCCCCCACCACCGUACGUCUACAGUUCCCCACCACCACCAUACUACUCUCCAGCUCCUAAGGUCGAAUACAAAUCUCCCCCACCACCGUACGUCUACAGUUCCCCACCACCACCAUACUACUCUCCAGCUCCUAAGGUCGAAUACAAAUCUCCCCCACCACCGUACGUCUACAGUUCCCCACCACCACCAUACUACUCUCCAGCUCCUAAGGUCGAAUACAAAUCUCCCCCACCACCGUACGUCUACAGUUCCCCACCACCACCAUACUACUCUCCAGCUCCUAAGGUCGAAUACAAAUCUCCCCCACCACCGUACGUCUACAGUUCCCCACCACCACCAUACUACUCUCCAGCCCCUAAGGUCGCAUACAAAUCCCCACCACCACCGUACGUCUACAGCUCGCCACCACCACCAUACUACUCUCCAGCCCCUAAGGUCGCAUACAAAUCCCCACCACACCCACAUGUAUGUGUUUGUCCACCACCUCCUCCAUGCUAUUACUCACCUGUUCCCAAGGUCGCAUACAAAUCCCCACCACCACCAUACGUAUACAUCUCCCCACCACCACCAUACUACUCUCCAGCUCCUAAGGUCGCAUACAAAUCUCCACCACCACCGUACGUCUACAGCUCGCCACCACCACCUUACUACUCUCCAGCCCCUAAGGUCGCAUACAAAUCCCCACCACCACCGUACAUCUACAGCUCGCCGCCACCACCAUACUACUCUCCAGCCCCUAAGGUCUCAUACAAAUCCCCACCACCACCGUACGUCUACAGCUCGCCGCCACCACCAUACUACUCUCCAGCCCCUAAGGUCGCAUACAAGUCCCCACCACCACCAUACGUCUACAGCUCCCCACCACCACCGUACUACUCUCCAGCUCCUAAGGUCGCAUACAAAUCCCCACCACCACCGUAUGUCUACAGCUCCCCACCACCACCAUACUACUCUCCAGCUCCUAAGGUCACAUACAAAUCUCCACCACCACCGUACGUCUACAGCUCCCCACCACCACCAUACUACUCUCCAGCUCCUAAGGUCACAUACAAAUCUCCACCACCACCGUAUGUGUACAGCUCCCCACCACCACCAUACUACUCACCUGCUCCUAAGGUUGCAUACAAGUCCCCACCACCACCGUACGUCUACAGUUCUCCACCACCACCAUACUACUCACCUGCUCCUAAGGUCGCAUACAAAUCCCCACCACCACCGUACGUCUACAGCUCGCCACCACCAUCAUACUACUCUCCAGCUCCUAAGGUCACAUACAAAUCCCCACCACCACCAUACGUCUACAGCUCCCCACCACCACCAUACUACGCUCCAGCUCCUAAGGUUGCUUACAAGUCCCCACCACCACCGUACGUCUACAGCUCGCCACCACCACCAUACUACGCUCCAGCUCCAAAGGUUGAGUACAAGUCUCCUCCACCACCAUACGUCUACAGCUCCCCACCACCACCAACGUAUUACUCACCAUCCCCAAAGGUUGAGUACAAAUCUCCUCCACCUCCGUAUGUCUACCAAUCUCCCCCACCUCCAUCAUACUCUCCUUCUCCAAAGGCUGAAUACACUUCCCCUCCCCCACCAUCAUAUUACUAAAUUGGUUUCACGUACGAAAUUCAUAAAUAAGAUACCAAGGUUCAAUAUGUUUCGUCUUUUUAAUUAUUCUUGGGCAUUGUCGGUUUUAAUUUCCAAGGUUCAUAUGAAUUCUUUUGGCUAUUGAAAUUUCGUUUGGAUUCAUGUUUGUUUUUUCCCAGUUGUGUUACAAAUUAAUAUAUUGAAUUUUUACCAAAAGGAUA